AUGCUGGACAGCACUUCACGGCUCAUCACUCUGCUACUGUGCCUCCUCCUCCUCCUCCCCCUCCUCUAUCCUCUACCACGAGGUCAGAUGAUCAACGACCGCCAUUCACGUGCUCGCCUGCGCACGCCGCGAGCGCACGUAGAGCGCACGCGUUCGCUCGCCUACAGCGUUAUGUCAUGUGACCGCAGGCGGAUUAUUGCUUGUGCGCACACAAAAAGCAAACAACUCGUCACUCUUCUCCUUCUGCUAGUUGCUUUACCGGGUGUGUAA